AUGAGUUCUUUCCGCGACAAAUUAUUAGCCACGACCGACCGGUUCAUCCGUGUCAUGAGCGGCGGUACAGUCGACGAGGUCGUGUCGAUUCGAAGCGCCAACUGUGUCCAGCGUACCUUACCAUCGUCGCUUAAAGCACCGUCCAUGAAUAACAAAGAGUUUGCGGCUUUUUACUCGUCCGUAUCAGGCGACCUCUCCGAUUUUCAAGUCUGGCUCGCACCCGAUACAAAGCCGAUUGUCGACGAGACGUCCAGACGAGUGGCUCUGCACCCCCAUUCCCGCGCCAAUGGGAAGAAUGGAAUUUACAGCAACGAAUAUAUAUUCCUGCUUCUCAUGUCCGAGGACGGAUCGCUUCUGGAGGAGGUCGUUGAGUUCACAGACAGUGCGUACGUCCAGAGCUACUUCCAACCGAAAGAAUAA